AUGAGCCGGACAGGAGGCUUUCCCCAGAUCAACAUCACCGCCUUCGAGGACUACAUCGCUGGCAAGCAGGCAACGCUGCCGAAGCUGCCCGAUGUGGAACAGCUCAGCCCAAGAGUCAUCCGAAUUCUCGGACAGAAUCCCGGCAAGAUGACGAUGCAGGGAACCAACACGUACAUCGUGGGCACCGGCGCGCAGCGCAUUCUCAUCGACACGGGCCAGGGCAUGCGCGCCUGGGCCGAGCUGAUCUCAGCCGUGCUAGCAGCGGCCUCGGCGUCGCUCUCGCACGUCCUGCUGACCCACUGGCACGGCGACCACGUCGGGGGCGUGGCCGACCUCGUGCGGAUGUACCCGCACCUCGAGGGCCGCAUCUACAAGCACGACCCGCGCAAGGGGUCGCAGCAGCAGCAGCAGCAGCCGAUCGCAGACGGGCAGGUGUUCCGCGUGGAGGGGGCGACGGUCCGGGCGGUGCACACGCCCGGCCACGCGCACGACCACAUGUGCUUCGUGCUGGAGGAGGAGCAGGCCAUGUUCACGGGCGACAGCGUGCUGGGCCACGGCACGGGCGUGCACGAGCACCUGGGGACGUGGAUGGCGACGCUGCGCGCGAUGGCGGCGCUCGGCUGCGCCGUGGGCUACCCGGGCCACGGCGCCGUGGUGCCGGACCUGCCGGGCAAGAUCGCCGGGGAGCUGGCGCAGAAGGAGCGCCGGGAGCGGCAGGUGCUGCGGGCGCUGGGACAGGCCCGCGCCCGCCUGACCGUCGCCCAGCUCGUCGAGGAGAUGCACGGGCCCGCGCUGGACGAGCAGAUGCGCGAGGGCGCCCUCGUGCCGCUGGUGGACGAGACGCUGCGCAAGUUGGCCGAGGACGGCAGGGUGGGCUUCGAAGUCCGGCGCGGCCAGAAGAGGUGGUUCUCGCUGGAUGUAGAUGUCUCGUGUUGA